GAAGGGGGAAACCAGAAGCAUUCCCCUUUCCCUUCAUUCAGCCACGUUUCCCUCUCUCUGUCUUUUUCAAAAAACUUACUCUACUUGCAGAGAACGGACGGCGCCGACGACGGCGUCUUGCACCCCUCCCUGUCGUACACAUGGUUUACUAGUCCUAAGGUUGGGGCUGCCCUGUCUUGGGAUUAGUGCCAGUCGCGGACCCCAGAAUUCUGAUGCAACACCAUUAGUCUAUUCAUUCCUUAAACUUGAGUGGUAAUGAUGGGAUCUACGAGGAAAGCAAUUGUUGAGUAAAGACACUCUCAAGUAAAUAGCAAUUCUCUGUUGAUCAAAUUUGGCCCUUCGAUUUUCUGUGAUUUGGAUGAAGAUCCUUGUUGGAUUUGAAGGCAAAAAUGCAAAAUCUUAGAAUUCCAGCAAUGCCACUGUAGAGGAGAGAGAGCUGGGAGAGUGAAUGAAGGGAAGGAAAAAUGAGGCUAAAUUGGAAAUCGUUGUGGUGGUCCAUUCACAAGCACAAACCCUUACUCGCAAAACUGAUUGUCUUGAUCCUCUUGUUUGGACUUGCUUUUAGGUUUCUUUCCAACAAACAAUCUGAGAUUUUUGAUGUUGCAGAGAUUCCUCAUAUAGAGAAGGUGAACACUACUAAACCUGAAAGCCUAGUUUCUGUAGAUUUGCUGGGGCACGGAGAUCAAAUUCCCAAACACGAAAUAUGUGAUAUUUUUACUGGGGAUUGGGUUCCAAGCCUGGUUAGUCCCCGUUACACUAAUGAGAGUUGCAACAUAAUUGAAAGUCAUCAGAAUUGUAUUAAGAAUGGUCGCCCGGACACUGCGUAUCUUUAUUGGAGGUGGAAUCCACGAGAUUGCAUGCUGCCUCAACUCGACCCUGUGAAAUUUCUGAAGUUGAUGAGGAAUAAGAAAUGGGCAUUGAUUGGUGAUUCUAUAUCUCGAAACCAUGUCCAGUCCCUGCUUUGUAUUCUGUCCAAGGUUGAACCAGCUGUUGAAGUAUACCAUGAUGCAGAUUACAGAUCCAAGAGAUGGCAUUUCCAGUCACACAACUUCACUAUUUCUGUUAUCUGGUCUCCAUUCCUUGUAGAGGCUGCCAUUUUUGAGGACUAUAAUGGUGUAUCAACAUCUGAGAUCAAGCUUCAUCUUGACAAACUUGAUAAGACAUGGACUGACCAGUACGAGGGUUUGGAUUACAUGAUAUUUUCAACUGGUAAAUGGUUUAUCAAGACUGCAAUCUACCACGAGAACAACGCUGUAUUGGGCUGCCAUUACUGUCCCAAAAGAAACCUACCAGAGCUAGGUUACGAUUUCGCCUAUCGCAAAGUCCUCCAUAACGUGUUCAAGUUCAUCCUUGAAUCCAAUCACAAAGGAAUGAUCUUUUAUAGGACGACGACGCCAGAUCACUUCGAGAAUGGUGAAUGGUUCAGUGGUGGAAGUUGCCGAAGAACAGCUCCCGUAAAAGAAGGUGAAUUCAAGUUGAACCCACUGAUCAAAAUCAUCCGGGACAUAGAAUUGGAAGAGUUUGAGAAGGCGGCAGCUCAGGCUUCUGAAAAGGGUUUGAACCUCAAACUUCUCGAUCUGAUGCAGCUUUCGCUGGUAAGACCAGACGGGCACCCGGGUCCUUACAGGCACUUCUACCCCUUCGCCAAGAACAAAAAUGCCAAAGUUAUCUACGACUGUUUGCACUGGUGUUUGCCGGGGCCGAUAGACACUUGGAACGAUCUGAUUAUGGAGCUGGUUAUGAGAAGUGGUCAGAAUUAGCAGAUUGGAUGCUGAUGAUGAUGGCUCUUAUUUUUGUUUUUCGGUUUUUUCCCCUUUUUUGACAGUUGAAAUUGGAAUUCUGCAAAUGUUCUUCCUGUUGUAUUAAUUGGUUCACACAAUAUGUCAAAGCUCAGAUUCAAUCUUUACAAUGUAUACCAUAUAAUAUGUAAGAAGGGCCUGAUGUUUCAGUGAAUACUCAAAAGCCAACAGUUUAUUGUAUUGGUUUCGUUCUUGAAUUGGUGGCAAUCAAUGAUAAAGCUAUCUUGCUCUUUCUAUUGUUGUCUCUA